AUGCAACAUCGCGUUUGCUUCGCCCCAAGCGGCCAUCCCGCUGGCUCGCAUGAAGACUUCCAGAGCAGUCCUUUCAACUUCGAAUCUCCGACAGUAUGGAUUGGCUAUCUUGACAAACCUAAGAAGACAUAUCGCCACUUCAUCGCUCUCCAGGCAGUCAUCGAGAAGGCUCAGUACAACUUUGCCAAAGGCUACAAAGACCAGUUCCCACGCUACUUGACCAGCUUCGAGGGUCGAAUUGGCCGUGAGGUUCCUCACGAUGAAGAGUACAAGUACACUGCUCAGUGCUCUGCCUGUAAGAGCAUGCCAAACUGUGAUCGUAUGCUGGUGCAGUACUUUCCUGUCGACGUCUGGGACUAUACCCGUGACAGGAGAACCACUAUCUUCCUAUGCGCAUUGGUCUUCAAGAUCAAAGGCCACACCAUGCUGUCGCUCCUAAGACAUCGAUCUCACGGCAGAUUUGGCUUCCAACACAUCAAUGGCGACGUCUCGAAGGAGACGACCGUCGAAUUUGCCAGUUCUGAGAUCGGUCUUGUCGAUGAAGAAAGUGUUAUCUCAGAUGAAGCUGAAGGCCAGGGCAAGGUCGAUACUCCAAACGAACCCGAUUACCCCCUGCAGAACACCACGACAACAAGUCACUACGCCAAGUCACGCAGUCGAGCCAUGAUUAUCGACCUUACCCUUGACGACGAGGAUGAUGAACCCGCCAUCAAGACCGAGCAGGACAGCACUCUGCAGACCGGCACAGAACCCUCUGCCCCCAGCACUGAGCAACCCGAGAACCACCCACCACAGCUCGACCCAGCCCCACAAGUUGAUUUGAUGAAAGAGUUUGGUGGUAUGAUGGCUGAGAUGGUAUCAAACUUUGGCAUUGAUGCGCUGGGCCAGCCCGAGGCUAGACGACUCAGACUGUGCAUGGGAGAAGCCGCGAAAUCAGGAAACAAGGCUCUGCUUUGCUCAUACUUCGGAGCGCUCUAUGCUGUGUUGCAAGCCAGUCAGUGA